AUGGAUACCUCUCCCCCUCUCCCAAUACCGCGCCUCCGACUUACUAGACUCUCUCCGCAACAUCGAACGGACACCCUCCUCACCCCCACUGCUGGUCCUUCGCGGUAUCCAUCCGACAACCAGAGCGAGGACGAAGAAGACGCAGAAUCGACGCCCCGAAUGCCUUCUGCCCCCAUGGCCUCAGAACCUGCCGCAGAAUCAGCCUCUGCACGCCUGCGCGCGCUCCUCCGAACUACCACCACCACCUCCCCUCAGCGCCCGCCCUUAAGACCUGCAACACCAUCUGAGGCGGAUUCCGACCUUGAUCCGCCUUAUUCGACCCUCGCAACGCCUAGUUUCGCGCGGGAAAGUGUCAAGGAGUUGUUCUCGCAUGCCCUUCGUGAUUCUGGAGGUACACCUCACAAGGGGAGACUCCGAAGGAACAGCGUUGGAACGGCCGAGGCGGAUGAAAGUCUACGUAUUGAGCGAGUGGUGCAGGAGAGGACAAAGGCCAAGGGAAAACGGAGAAGCAUGAGUGACGAGGAGGCGGAGCAUCUGUCCAAUGUAUCUCGGCGAUCUGAAGAGUCGCUCCGCUCGUCACAAGCUGCUGCAACAUAUGGGGCACUGGUGAAACGCUUGAACCAAUCUCGCUCGAUGCCUCCAACACCUCCACCAGACCGGAUGGUCGUGGACUUGUCGAUGCCACCAGCAGAUAUGACUGAAGACACAGCAACGUUAUUUCGAGAUCUAAACAGAUCGGAAGCGACGCCACCGCAUGCGACGAGCACGCCAAUGCGCUCUCUCGUGAUGUCCGCGCAGCUGCAGACACAAUCAAAUUUGCUUGAAGGGGAUUCUGAGAUGCAACGAGCAUUGAGGGGUAUGGAAAGUGAUGAGGGCGAUUCAUUGUUGAAUGGACGACCAUUGUCAUUUCCUCCCUCGCGGCCGAAUGGUCAUCCUGCGUCGCCAGCGCGACCCUUGUCGUGGACAUCUCACUCGAAAUCACAUUCAACCCAUAAUCUUCCUCUCGUACGACGCAAAAGUCUUGAUUUGGAUAAUUCAUUAAUACACGCAGGAUCAUCACAAUCAGGGGCAGAUACGAAUGCGGAACGCGGAGACGGAGUACAGCGUGAACGCCUGCAUGAACGAGAACGGAAGUGGAAUCGUCCACAAGGUAAACUAUCGCUGAACCGCGCGAACCUUGAACAGCACGAUCGGGACAGUCUCUCAUCAGGUGGACGAGCCAGUCCCGCACGGUCGUUGUCGAGACGGAGUAGUGUGACAUCUCUCCGUACGACGGAAGAUGGCAGGUCUUCGAGAGCGAGCUCUGUAGUGUCCCUUGCGGAACACUCAGAUUGGAAGAAAGAGACAGAGCGGGAGCGCCAGAAAGAACGGGAGCGCGAGUGGAAUAAACCCAAGUCAAAGCUGUCGCGCCCAUCGUCCAGCCUCAGUUUGCGGGAACGGACGCGCACAAUGAGCGAGCCGCAAAGACCUGAAUCGGCGCAAGCAUUCGUUUCGUCGGCGCAUCGGACAUUAUCACGACAUUCGUCGAUGAACUCUAUCUCGGGGUCGAGCAGAGCGGCUUCGCCUGCUGGGUCCGUCUCGAGUCAUGAUCACAAUCUCGAUACGAAGCCGGAGGUAGCGCAAGAGCGAGAACGGAACUGGAACUCACCUCGGCCACGGUGGGUGCAGCAACCCCCGCAUCAAGGACGACCUUCCUCGCCCAUGCCGAGCACACUCGCUCCGCCCCCUGGGCAGAAGGCGGGGACACCGCCCAAGAGUCCGCGACGCGAAUCAUAUGUACGGCCGCGCGCGAACAGUUCCGCAUCGUUCAAGUUGAGUUCAUUGCAAGAGAGUGCAACACUUUCAUCUGGGACGAUAGGUCAGACACUACCUAGAUCAAAAUCGCCCCUUUUACCCUCCAGUGCAAGCAACAGCCUGGCCGCUGAUAAGGCGCGGUCUCCGUCAUCUGCAUCGAAAGUGGACAUUUCACCAGGCUUGAAGGAGAGCACACAAGCAUCUGGGUUCCGAUCGCGAUUUGGAUGGUCGUUUCCACAAAACCGAGCGCCGUUGCCUCCCCUCGAGCUUGACACGCAUUCUCCAGAAAGACCUCCGCAGCGACCGUCGAGCAGGCUCAAUGGCGCAGCAAACACUAGUAUGAUACCCGUUCGAUCCCCCAACAAGAUUUCGAGCUUCGAGCGUUCGCAUUCUCCUAUGGAAGAAUCGGAUCGACGAAGGGGGCACAGGAGAAAUCUGACUGAGUUCAGUCACACUGUGGGUGCUAUUCCUCCUCGCAUUAUAGACCCCGAGCCUGUCCCAGAACUUAAGCCUGUACCAUUCGAGGAUUCCGUCUUUGUGAGCGAUGAGGAUUCUCCCCCGGCGACAAGUACUCCCACUGCCAAGCCAAUGGUUCUGCCUGCAAGUACGACGCCCCCACUGUCACCCGAUUAUACGCAAACGAUCGACGGCUUUUCUUCUGUCCCAUCUGAUACUGUUGCGAAACCCGAAUCUCCCCCGCUAUCACCUGGGCCCCAACGAUCAAUGUUUUCCUUACAAACACCCCCACGCACGAAGGAGUCAAGUGUCUCGAAACUAGAAUUCAAGACUCCCUCACCUCCCCGAAAUAUGCCCGAACUUCCCGAUCCUCCUUCGUUUACCGAGGAGGAAAGCGAGGAAAGUGAACAUACACCGGUGAACACGUACGCCCCCGGGAACCUCACAAACAUGAAGACUCCCCGACCACCAGGAGCUUGGGCCCAAACUCCGGAUCACACAGCUCACGAUCCUUUCAUGCGUGCGCAAUCAACGCCACCGGAUGGGCCGGAAGCUUCAACUGAGAGCAUUCUCACCACACCACUUUCUACAUGGCCAAGAGCGAGCUCCGUUCCUUUACAGACACCUGCGCCUCCAGGGGCAUGGAUGGCUACUCCCGGCACGGCGCGCAGAAAGAGUGUUUUGAAGGUCCGGUUCGACGUAGAAUCUGAGACCACUGUGUCGGACUGUGGGACGGACGCCCCACCUGCGGAAGCCCUCAGUCUCCCCGCGGCGAACGGGCAGUCAACCGAUAUCUCAACGGAGUCGAACAUUGAGACUAGUGAUCCACGUCCCUCGACAAAAAGCGAGGGCCCCACUAAGCCCCGCCCGGUUAAGAAAACCAGCAUCCGCAUUGUCGAUGCAUAUGGCCGCGAAACUACUACUGAUCCAGAUGCUGCAGCCACUGACUUGCGUUCUGUGGAAGACAAGGUUGGCAGUAGGGAAUUGCAGCAUGCCGCGCGUCCACCGACUCCGAGAAAUAGGAUUGUUGAUGCCAUGGGUCGCGAAAUACGGGAUGUUAGUGAGCUGCAGCCGGUCGACUCCUGUCUCCCUCUGUCGCACAAUGAGGCGCUCGCACGAGUCCGAGAGACGAUUGCAGACAUGGCCGAAGCGUUGAAUGAAGCGGAGACGUCGUACCGGGCCCUUGUUGUUGAUGAGAACAAUGUCGAUGCCUUGGAGGAUGCUUCUCGGGCGGCACGGAACGCAAGGCACAAGAUCUCCAAGUCAUUACAGCUGGUCAAGAAUGCGGAGAGUGACAUCAAGAACAAGUAUCAACCUCUCAAGGAAAGUAUGAGACGGACUAAACUCCUUCCCGCUGUGAUUUCGGAACAACGAUUUACUUGGAACGCAUGGCUGUUCUGGGGGUUUGUCUUUGUUCAGCUUAUUUUCCUCCUUCUCAUGUUCUCGAACAUUCGUGCCAGACGCGCCUUCCUCACGACUUAUUAUGAUCCGUUCUACGCCGACCUCUACCUCUAUGCUACCAAACCCGAUACCUCGCAAUGUUCGAUACCCUUUCAUUCAUACUGGUCCAUCUCCUACGUUUCAGACGUAUUACGACGCGAUGGUUGGGUAGGCGUUGUUAGCGACGUAUGGAACAGUGUUUCCUGUGUCGUCUCCAGUUGGCAGGGACAAACGGUGGAGGCCUGGAGCGCUAACUACCGAGAUUCAACGUCUGCCUGGCCGCCCACUUAG